AUGGCGAGCACCAGCUUGACGUCCACUUUCCUGACGCCGGAUCCCAGUUUUAAUUGGUUUUUCCUGCUUGAAUUGAUCGUGUCUUGCAUCCUUGCCCUGUUCUUCUUGCUCUACUUUAAUCGACUCUUCGCGACUGUCAUCUCGUACGCGAUCCGAGCGUACACCUGGUACUAUUACCGCGCAUAUGUCGAUAUCAACGCACUGCAGGUCUCCCUACUUGGUGGGAGAAUCUUCUUCAAGGGCAUUCGGUACCAUGGCGUGAACGAGACGAUAUUCAUUCAUGGAGGGUUCAUUACGUGGCGAUAUUGGACACGAACGGUCGAACGAAAUGAUCUGACGGGGAUAAGGCGCAAGACCGGUGUGGCCGACGAUGCGUCGACACAAGGACAUGCACGCGCUCCACACGAGGGGGACGACGGUCUCGGGGAGCAGGCUGGUGUGGGAAAGACGACUCAACUGCCGUGUCGCAUCACAAUUAAGACAUACGGUCUUGAAUGGUUCAUCUACAAUCGGACUCCGGCAUACGACAGUAUUCUUGCUGGAUUCGGGUACUCGCCCAAGAAUGUUGACUUGGACGGCGACAACUCCAACCCCCCAGUGUCGCGUUCCGGGGCCCAAGAUGGAGGAGAUGGCAUCGACGUUGACUUUCAAGCUCCGCCAGGUCAUCGGUCAACCUUGAAAACCAUGUCAGAGCGCAGUAUGAGCGAUGGUGGGGCCUCUGUUUAUAGAGAAACUGAGCUAUCAGACCCUGUUUCGAACAUGCUGCAACUCCUACCAGUGCGAUUGGAUUGCAAGAAAGGAGCAAUAGUCAUGGGAAAUGAGCACACACGGUCCGUCCUGACAACGACAUUCGAUACAGGAACAGGCACCAUGGAUGCUUCUAACUCGGGCCCUUUUGACUUGUAUCGGCAAACAUUCUCGUUUCACCUUGUUAACCCCGUCAUCCAAAUGAGACCGAAUCCCGACUUCAAACAGAGCCAGCCCGCAACUGCAAAAGCUUUAGGUGUCGCGCAAGAGAAGCAGAAAGGGUCGAAGAAUAAGAGACAAAAUGUCUUCAACUAUCAGUUCCAGAAACGCAAGGUCUGGCACAGUAUUCGUGACCUUGUCCCUUACUUUCAGAGUUCCGUCGAAUCUUUCCAUGCAAACAGCAAACAAUCCAGCAUGCCACGAAGCCAGGCAGAGUUUCCUGAAGUGCGCUGGACUGGCCUUUCUCGAUAUCUGGACGAGGGAGGUGAAGACGAUCAUGAAAAAUGGAAUUCUGUCGAAUAUGCUAGGUAUUCCACUCUUGUGGACAGCCCUAGUAUAGACAUCACUUACUUCUGGGAUAUUCCUGGGCGAGUGGUUAUACAACCAACGUCAAGCGAUGAGCCCCACCCUGUGAAUACCAACAUCAAUUGUGCUUCUCCCCCAGAAUGGGGUAUCGAUGUCAAGAUUGAGGGAGGAACGAUCAACUAUGGGCCAUGGGCUGAUCGAGAGCGAAUUGGCCUCCAGAAUGUCUUCUUCCCUAAUUUCUAUCGCAGUGCGGAGCCUGCUGAGCAGUUGGCGCCCGGUGUGCUGCGACAAAGCACAUCUUUUAGGUUGUGUGUAGAGAUCAGCGACGAACUUACUCUGCGCAUACCCACCAGAGAGUCAUCUAAAGACUGGCAAUGGAAAGGUCGUGCCGACGCUGUUGGGGGUGCGUCACGGACGAAGAAGCCAGUUGAAAAGAAGACGACUCGGGGUAAUGAUGGGGAGAAAGGCCAUAUGGGACCUGAAAUCCGUCCUUUUGGGUGGCUUUCCCUUUGCGUUGCCGCCGACUCUACCAUAACCUAUACCAUGGAUAUGGUAGCCUCGAGCACAGGAUUCCGUAACGAACUUUCCCUUGACCUGCGCGAAUCAAGGCUGUCUUCCAGUAUCAAUCACGGCUUGUUAUGGCAAUGUCCACGACAACAGGUCACUUGUGACCUCUCCAAUCCUCUGUCAUGGAACAGCCUCCGCUCUUGGAGAUUCACCGCCGAAAGCCAGAAACUACAGUUGUUCCUACUGCGUGAUCACAUAUUUCUUCUGACUGAUCUGGUAAGUGAUUGGGCAUCGGGUCCACCUUCAGACUACUACACAUUUGUGCCUUUUAUCUACAAUCUCGACCUCAAUUUCACCGACUUUGAACUCUUUAUCAAUGUCAACGACCGGAAUAUUAUCAGCAAUCCUUCGGAUCUGGAGGACAACCGAUUCAUUGUCAUUAAAGGCAAGCGCCUAACAUCAAAUGUCUUGACACCUUUGAACAAAUACCUCCCCGAGCAAAAUGCCAUUGAGUUCAGAGUUGGCCUCGAGGAUGGCGGCGUGGACUACGCUACCCCUUUGUGGGAUACUCUCCAUGAGUUUUUGCCUGAACGGUCUAUGGCUACUCUUGAAAGUCUUUUUAUCGGCGGUUCGUACAAUUACUUCCAGCAGACUUCUCCUGAAUUGACCGACACUUUGGUCCUCAACAUUGAUGGUGUCUCGCCCAGGCUCUUCCUUUUUGGAUUCUUGAUCAAGAGCUUCAUGACCAUCAGAGAAAAUUAUUUUGGCGAGGAGAUGCACUUCAAGACCUUGGAGGAAUACCAAGAGUUGGUAUACGCGGAUGAGCCACCAUCGAAUCCAACUGGCAUCAAUCCAAACCGGAAGUCAAAUGACAUGGACGUGCUUGUCCGUGUCACAGUUGACAAACCGCGUGCCCUGCUUCCUGUGAAUAUCUAUGAUACUUUCAAAUGCAUGGGCCUUAGUGCAGCCUCUCUUGAGGUGGAUUUGCGAUUCACCAAUUAUUACAUGGACUUGCAGUUUUCUGUAACUCCGCUGAAACUUGAUUUGGAGACCAUUCAGCCAGAGGGUCCGUCUACAAUGUCUGCCACCCAGCUAUUUAUCGAUGGCGUCUCGGUCUACGGCCAUCGUCUCUUCGGUCUGCCACCACUCGAACCGACUUAUGUUUGCAACUGGGAUUUUGAAGUUGGCAAAAUAGUUGGAGAAUGCUCUGCCGAGUUUCUCUCUUGCUUAACCUCCUCUGUGAAGAGUUUUGAUUUCUCGUUCGACAACGAGGAAAAUGCACUGCCAACACUAUUCCCGGAGAUUCUGCACGACGUUACUUUCUUGAGGGCUAAGAUCGACUCAAUUCAUAUUUCUGUGCUUUUGGAGCAGUCUGCUAUAGUCCUGAGCACCCAGCCUUUGAAUGUGAAAUUCAACGACUGGGCCAAUGCCACAUUUUCAAAACGCAUGAGCCUGGUCAUACCAGGCAUUUCGAUCGCUGCUGUGGAUCGCAAAGUUGCUAGUCAAUCUAACCCCCUGGCUGGGGAGACAGUGUCUCCAAUUGGACUAAUCCAAAUCACGGUUGGGUUGAAGAUGGCUUUGCGUAAAUCCGACAUUGUGGAAAACAGAAGACUUCAGCAAGAACAUAUCAGAAUUCAUGAUCAGCGAACUCAUCGCGCACAGUGGCUUCUACUUGAUUGGGACGAAACAGGUCCUGCCUCAACUGUGCAUGAAGAAGAUGAUGUGUUUCCCCCGACUAUGGCGAUACCCUCAAUGCCAGAGCCUAUACACCGUGGGAUUGGCUCGAGCUUUACACAGUCAAUUCGGGGAGCCUCAGCAUCCCGUCCAAAGGGGAGUGCCGAGAGCUUCCUUGUUCCAUCAGAGGCAUCAAGUCUUAAGGGCGUCCGGAUACAUAGUGGAAGCAGUCCUAGGGUUGCUUCCGAUCCAGUGUCUCAAUCGCGACCUGAUCUUCCUGACCGGGGAUCAAGUUGGUCUGUGUCUCAAGGUAAUCGGUCGAGAGAUGGAACUCAACCUGGAUCCCGAGCAGGGAAAUUCUCGUCAUCUACAGUGAGAGAUACAAACCCAUGGAUCAUGCCUCAGUUUUCAUAUCACAAGCUCCGGUUCGAUACUUCCGAGCUUCCGUUGCCAUUCUCAAGUGACGAUGAUCAUUCCCGAAAUGAUGACCCUUCAAUACACCAACGGCCCUUGUUUCUUACAUUUGACGAUGAUCAAACGACUUACACAAAUCUGGCAGUUGAUCUGCCACUUGGUAUUCGAGGAUUCUGUACUCCAAGAUUUCUUUUGAGCAUUGCUUCUUUAUUGGAUGGUUUGGAGCCCAAGCACCCCACACAGGUCAUUGACUCUCUCCAAAAAGGUGUGAUAUCAAGCAUUGUGGGAUCGGACAAGGCUGUCAGCAAACCAAAGUCCUCCACAGCCGUUUCUCUGCGUGUUCCAUCCAUUCAAUUCCGACUGGUUGAUUUAUCCGAAGCUCCCAACGAUCAAAAGGUCGAGUUUCGAGAUGAGUAUAGCAUUGGGAUUCGCCGCCUGCGGACCGAAUUCUGCAAGAAGGUUCACCGUCAGAAGGAUGACAUUCUUCAGGGUGUGAAGCAAGAUAUUACAGCUCAUGUAGCAGCAGAUCAUGUAUCACUGACGGUCGAGGGAAGUCGGGCCGACAACUUCCACGAAAAAGCCGUGUUCAAUACCCACUUGGAGGACUUGAAUGCCUGGCUAGUUACUUCGCCCAAUGUGCGCGCUAAUCUUCAGAUGCGUACAUUCGACACGAUGACAGGUGCAAAAUCCGUGGAGCGUCUUGCAUUCCUUGUCCGGCGAGCGACGACGAUGCUCGAUUCUGUCGCGUCAUCAUUCCAACAGCUUUCAACAUCUAGCGAGAAGCGUCUGAAAUAUCUCAUGUAUUCGCUUACUCAAUCAUCCGCUGAUGUUCCGGAUCCGAUAUUCCUUGCUCGCAUUUCUUAUGUUCUUCGGGUAGCUUCCACACAUCUUCGACAGCAUGAUUCGUGGAAAAUCAUCUCUCGCAUUCGCGGCAUCUACAAAACGUUGCCAGACCAUCGUCAGCGUGAUCUAGAGCGUAAAUGCUCACGUGUCAAUCCUCCUUUGCCAGCUAAUUCCAAGAAGACGGUUAUCUCUGGCUUUGAUAGCUGGCGAGCCUGGGACCUAGCUCACGUCGAGAAAAGCUAUGUCAUGCGUCGAGUCUGGCCUCCCACUGAGCCCGACAAGAAGAGCCCGCAACCUUCCAUUUUCGCAUCAUCCACCAUCCAAACCUUCCGGUUCUCCCUAGACCCUGGCCCCAGAGAAAGCAAUCUGAUCAUAGAGAACCUGUCUACUGCUGCGUCUCUCAAUCCGAAUUGGACAGGACGCGAAGGUGAACAACAAUAUCGCAGAAACCUCAUCACCUUGCAAUCGUAUUGCGACUCUUCUGCCCUAAGAAUUCGAUGGGAAAUCCUGGAUCUAGUUGAAGGCGUGGUCAAAGUCAUGUCUAAUAUUACACUGGAAUCAUCGCCAGGUCAUGCUCCAGCCGAUGCAACCGAGAAGAAAACACCCACAGAGUUGCAAGUCAUGGUGGGAACUGACUUUGGAUCCAUAACCCUCGAUGGCAUCAAUGUGAAGCUUGCUUUGGUGGCUAAGGCUCUUCGAGGCUCGCUCGUUCAAAAGUCUCACGGUCCCACGGACUCAAAACACGAAGACCUUUCCUUGCUGUUCAGCGCAGAAGGCUGCUCAUCUGAGUUGCAGAGUCAAUCUACCAGUCUCAUGCUGUCCAGAAUCGCUGAUCCCUACCUUAAUCUCUCUGUCGCGUCAACACAUGGCCCUAAUGAGUCCAAGCAUGACUGGAAGUUCGCAUCCUCUUGCCGAAAGCUUCGUUAUGAUAUAAAGGAAGACCCUCUCAGCUUGGCACACACGGUUGACAGACUCAUCGCGGAUGAAGUUCGGUACAUCCGACAGCUUGUGGACAAUAUCAAGCUCCCAAAAUCUCAAGUCGAGCAAGCAACGGCUUCGGACAAGCCCACCAAACAUACUUUCCACGUGGCCAUGUUCUUGGAGGACUAUAGAUUAACUUUCAGCCUCUUACCGUCACUCACCUACCUUGUCUCAGGUGAAGUGGCUCGCAUGUCGGUCAUGCCUGCGAAGGGAUCAAAGCUCGAGGUUGACUUUGACAUUAAGAAGAACUCACACAUGUUUGUUUCCGGGGAGCACGAGCGAUUCCAUGUUGUUUCGAUAUUGGAGAUACCCCCUGUAAACGGUCGAGUCCUUGCAAACUUCCUCUCAGAUCGCAAGGAGGUGGAGGUUGAUGUUACAAUCGAAGUCAUCCGCCUGGAGGCCAGCUCCGUGCGCAGCCUUUUGGCUGUUUUGACGGGGCCCGAUGUCUCCCAUUUGGUGACAGAUCUGAAGCAAACUGUCGACAUUCUCCAGGCACAUUUGGAGGAUGUACUGGCAUUACAAAAGACAUCGCCCAAACCCAAGCCGUCAUCUGAUGGCCAAGAGAUCCUUUACAAGUCACGUCUUACAAUGGCUGGAUUUGAGAUCCAUGCUAUUGCACCUGGUCUUAACAGCAAGGACUACUCCGCAGAGAUGAUCUUCAGUCUCGGAAUGAUGCGAAUGCGACUUGAAAAUGGUCUCGACCGGGGCUAUGCCAUGGAACACCCUGAGUUCAACAUCGAUGCCUCUCAAAUCAGCUUCGAACUGCUCAGACAAGACAAAUUCAAGAGCCGCUCAUACGGCGGUUUCACUGCUGGUGUGAAACUUGAAGGAACUUCCGCGAUUCGCGAAAAUGGCGAGGUCACCAGAGCAUACCAUUUCACUAGCGAGAAAUUCGACAUCGAACUCUAUGCGGAAACGGCAGCUCUUGUGGUCGAUAUUGCAGUCCAUACACAAGAGCGCAUCAAGACAUUGGAUCUUUCCCAUGAAGUCAAGCGCCUUAAGAAGUUGAGGCGGCGUGGUCAUACCAAUUAUUUCACGGAUGGAGCUACCGAUGCCCCCGAGAUCCAGCUCAACGACGAUGCACCCCCGGAGACGUUCCUUGAUGCACUAUACUCCUUGCAUUUCCGAACCAUUCAAGUUGCCUGGAACAUGGCUACAAUCAAAUCCAGCUCUGGCCGAAACCCUGAAGACUUGUUGUUUUCUAUACAACAAGUUGAGCUGUCCAACAAGAAAAAGAAUGCAGCUAAACUUCGGAUCGAGAAUAUGCAACUUCAAAUGGUUCCCUACGGCGCAGACAGAGGAAAGCGGUCGCUCAACUCAGCCCUCAUGCCGGAGCUGGUAUUCAAUGUGGCGUACGCAUCCAAAGGAAAGGAGCUGUGGCUUGCUUUCCAAGCAGCUGGUAAAUCCCUUGAUAUACGAGCUACGUCGGAGUUCAUCAUCCCAGCGAACAUGAUUCGAGAUUCUAUUGCCACCGCAAGUGAGGCACUCCGCGAAGGUCAAGCCGUUUGGGCGACCAGAGCAUCAUCGUCCGAAAAUACGGACACGGACAAAGAUCGCAACCUUUUUGGUAACAAACGAUUACGGUCUCUCUUGAUCGAUGUCGACUUCGCUGGUGCUACAUUGACGCUUCAAGGAAAGCUUGGUCAUGACCAUCAAACCUUGCUGGCUGCUACAAGGCAAGGCUACAAGGCCUCUGACCAAAGGUAUUUCCAAGGAGACGCGGCAACUACAGCGACUGUUCGCGCUCCUGGUGUGGCUCUGAAAGUUCAGUUUGAAGACAAUGGCACCGAUGAUCCCGCACUCAAUGCAGAAUUGAAAGUCGACCCUUCUACCAACACUUUGCACCCAACUCUUGUUCCUCUCGUCAAGCAAAUGACAGCUACCGUGAAAGAGAUAUUGGGCAACCAGCAAACCCAGCAAACUGAGCAGAGCCAGCAACGCAGACCGUCUACAACGGCCAGAUUACAACCACAAAAGCUGAUGCAAGAAAAGCCUUUCGGUGCCGAUGAUCCCACUAGCAUUCUUGGUCGAUGCAAGGUCAAUCUGGGACUGCUGUUCUGCAAGCAAGAAUUCAGUUUGAGCUGUCAACCGAUUGCAAGAGUGGCCGCCACUGCGAGGUUUGAGAGUGUCUAUGUCACCAUCAACACUGUUCUUUCAGAAGAACAGGGCCGAUUCCUUGCUCUCUCACUGGCAUUCAAUGGCUUAGAAGCUUCUGUCAAACACGUCUACUCCAAUGAGUCAACUGCAAGCUUUGAGGUCAAAUCCAUGGUGCUUUCACUGAUGAACAACAAACAUCUUGGCCGGAAGAAUGGAAUGUCCGCCAUUUUGCGAGUCAGCCCAAUGAAGGUUGCAGUCAAUGCAAAACAGGUUCAAGAUUCUUUGCUCUUCAAGGAAAUCUGGCUUCCAUCAGACAAUACGCCCAGUUCAGGCGAGAACAUCCCGCCAGAGCCGUCCGAGACCCAAACCUACAUCGUACAGCGAUACCAGCAGGUUGCAUCGGCAUCAGCUUUCCCGUGGAACACUACCAUCGCGAUCGAAAAGUUGGAAAUUCAGCUUGAUCUUGGCUCCACGCUGGGCAAGGCGCAAUUCGCCAUUGUCGAUUUGUGGGUUGCUACUAGCAAAACAUCCGCCAGUGAGCAGAACAUGUGUAUCAAUUUCGGUUCUGUUGCAAUCGAGAGCAAAGGUCGCAUGAGUGGAAUUGUCGAGCUCGGCAAGCUCAAGGUUCACACAUCCAUCGAAUGGCCUGAAGAAUCCCGCGAAGCCGGCCAUACUCCGCUGAUUCAGGCUUCUGUUGCUUUUCACCAUCUCCAAGCUAAGGUUUCCUUUGACUAUCAGCCUUUCCUGGUCGCUCGGAUCACCAUGUUCAAUUUCUUGAUGUACAACGUCCGCGAUACAUCCGGCGACCAGAGCCAACGGCUGUUCAGUAUUUUGGAUGGAGACAAGGUCCAACUUUUCUGUACAUCACUCACAGCAUCUCAGAGUCUGGCUCUUUUCCAAGCAUGGCAGCGCUUGAUUCAAGAUGUUCAAGCAGCCUACGAUUCCUCCUUACGCGAAGUUGAGCGAUACUUGCGCCGCAAAUCUUCAGCUUUGCCUGAACGCCCCCAAGUUGGUCCCAAGCAUCUGUCAAAAAGCAAAGAAGAUCAACCUGAGAAGACACCUAUCUCCCUUCACACCGGAGUGGUUGUCAACAUCCGUCACGUCAACCUGGGAGCAUUCCCUAGCUCAUUCUUCGACAAUCAGAUCUUCAAGGUAGAAGCGUACGAUGCUCAAGCCCGCUUCGCCGUGUCCCUCGAAUCCAAAAAGCUUCACAGCGCACUUGGUCUGACUCUGGGUCAACUGCGCGUCGCUCUCUCCGGCAUCACCCGUCCCACCUCUGCCCAAUUAGACGAACUGUCCGUGGACGAAAUCGCCGAGCGAGCCGCUGCCUCUCGCGGCGGAACAAUCCUCAAAGUACCUCGCCUGGUGGCAGGCAUGGAAACCUGGCAAGCACCAGGAACCCAUCAAAUCGACUACACCUUCCGCAGUACAUUCGAGGGCAAAGUUGACGUCGGCUGGAACUACUCGCGCAUCAGCUUCAUUCGCGAUAUGUGGGAAACGCACUCGCGGGCACUUGCUACACGACUUGGAAAGCCCUUGCCACCUUCUGCUGUUCGCAUCACCGGUGGGCCGGGUAGUAGCCCUGAAGGAGACACCGAGAAGCAGGAAAAGAUUACUGCUGUUGUCAACGUUCCGCAGUCCAAGUAUACAUACACUGCGCUUGAGCCGCCUGUCAUUGAGACGCCGCAGUUGCGGGACAUGGGUGAGGCUACGCCGCCGUUGGAGUGGAUUGGGUUGCAGCGUGAUAAGUUGCCCAAUGUGACUCAUCAGAUCAUUAUUGUUACUCUUUUGGAGAUUGCGAAGGAGGUUGAGGAUGCAUAUGGGAAGAUUUUGGGAUCGUAG